AUGUCAAUCCGAAGCUGUCUCAAAAACCUCAACACCGUCAAAAAACGUCUUCGUCUCCCACUCCUUCACCAAGAGCCAUACCGUGAACUCCCGCCGUCCAUCGCCAAAACCUUGGACCCUUUAUCUUCUUCCCCGCCUUCACCCGCCGCCGCUCUCUCUUAUCUCAGCCCUUCGAAACUGCUACAGAUUCUCGCCGACCCUGCCGUCAAGCCCACGGAGGGCUACCAAUUCUUCAAUUGGGUGCUCGAGAACCUGUCGUCGGUCUCCUUCAUCCCCGAUCCCCAGGCGCAUUUGACGCUCGUCUGCAGGCUUCUGGAGGUGAAAAGGUUCCCGGAGCCCGAGAAUAUCUUGAAGAGCUUGAUAAUUGAUCAGAAGGACAGCCGGGCAGUGGAGAUUGAUGAGAGAACGUGUACUCUGUAUUUGCUUGUGCUCAAGAAGAAUCAGGAGAUGAAGUUGUUAGCACUGAUGAAGAAUCAAGAGACACCCUGCGAUGAAAGAACUUAUAAAAUACUGAUUGAUGGCUAUGUAAGCUGUGGGAAGCUCGAAGAAGCUGAAACGAUGGUUUUGGAGAGGCAUGAUAAAGGUUUUGGAGGAGAUUCCCACUUGUGGAACUUGGUUAUAACUCGGUACUGUAGGCAAGGCCUCGUCGACAGAGCAGCUUUACUGUUCGAUAAAAUGACCCUGAGAGAUGUCACUUCGAGUGCUGCUACGUACUGUGCAUUGAUUAACACCACUGUGUGGGGAAGAGAAGAUUGA